UCGCGGUCCGGGUCGCCGCCCUCCGCUGCGCCCGACGGUUCCGCCUCAGCCGCCGCCGCCUCCCGGCCCCCACCAUGGUGCUGGAGUCGGUGGUCGCCGACCUGCUCAACCGCUUCCUGGGGGACUAUGUGGAGAACCUGAACAAGUCGCAGCUGAAGCUGGGGAUCUGGGGCGGAAAUGUGGCUUUAGAUAAUCUGCAGAUAAAAGAAAAUGCUCUGAGUGAAUUGGAUGUUCCUUUUAAAGUCAAGGCUGGCCAAAUUGAUAAGUUAACGCUGAAGAUUCCUUGGAAGAACCUCUAUGGAGAAGCCGUUGUUGCCACUCUGGAGGGUUUAUACCUGCUUGUUGUCCCUGGAGCAAGUAUUAAGUAUGAUGCUGAGAAAGAAGAAAAAUCCUUGCAAGACACUAAGCAAAAAGAGUUAUCCCGAAUUGAAGAAGCCCUUCAAAAAGCAGCAGAGAAAGGCGCACAUUCAGGGGAGUUCAUAUAUGGCUUGGAGAGCUUUGUUUACAAGGACUUUAAGCCUGGACGUAAACGUAAAAAGCACAAAAAACAUUUUAAGAAACGUUUUAAAGGCUCAAAAGAUAAACCAAAAGAAGUCAAAAAGGAUACAUUUUUGGAAAAAUUGGCAACUCAAGUAAUUAAAAAUGUACAAGUAAAGAUCACAGAUAUUCACAUUAAAUAUGAAGAUGAUGUCACCGACCCACAGCGACCUCUUUCAUUUGGUGUCACAUUGAGAGAGUUUAGUCUUUUGACUACAAAUGAACAUUGGACCCCAUGUAUAUUAAAUGAAACAGAAAAAAUUAUAUACAAGCUCAUACGACUUGAUAGUCUGAGUGCCUACUGGAAUGUGAAUUGCUGCAUGUCCUACGAGGGACCCAGGGAGCAGAUCUUGGAUCGGCUGAAAAGUGAAAUUCUUAAGAGUGGCAGUGUAUCUCCAGAUCAUCAAUAUAUUUUUCAGCCAAUAUCAGCCUCUGCAAAACUCUUCAUGAAUCCUAACGCGGAAACAGAGCUCAGAACCCCGAAGCUUGAUGGGAACAUAGAAGUACAGAAUAUUGCCAUCGAGCUGACCAAGCCUCAGUACUUAAGUAUGAUCGAUCUUUUGGAGUCAGUGGAUUAUAUGGUUAGAAACGCCCCUUACAGAAAAUACAAGCCUUAUUUACCACUUCACAAUAAUGGUCGACAGUGGUGGAAAUAUGCCAUUGAUUCUGUUCUUGAAGUUCAUAUAAGAAGAUAUACACGGAUGUGGUCGUGGAGUAAUAUAAAAAAACACAGACAGUUGCUCAAGAAUUAUAAAAGUACCUACAAAAACAAGCUGACUCAGGCAAAGCUUUCAGAAGAAACUCAGAAACAAAUUCAGGAUUUGGAGAAGAAUCUAGAUGUUUUUAACAUAAUUUUAGCCAGGCAACAAGCACAAGUGGAGGUGAUACGAUCUGGGCAAAAAUUACGAAAAAAAUCAACUGACACAAGUGAGAAACGUGGCUGGUUUAGUGGAUUUUGGGGAAAGAAGGAAUCUAAGAAAAAAGAUGAGGAAUCUUUGAUACCUGAAACUAUUGAUGACCUUAUGACUUCAGAGGAGAAAGAUAAGCUCUUCACGGCUAUUGGCUAUAGUGAGAGUACCCAUAAUCUGACUUUACCCAAGGAGUAUGUUGCUCAUAUAAUGACGUUGAAGUUAUUAAGUACCUCUGUUACAAUAAGAGAAAACAAAAAUAUUCCAGAAAUACUGAAAGUUCAAAUCAUUGGCCUGGGUACUCAGGUAUCUCAGCGACCAGGAGCACAAGCCCUUAGGGUAGAAGCGAAGUUAGAACACUGGUACAUAACAGGCCUGAAGCAGCAGAAUAUUGUACCAUCACUUGUGGCUUCAAUUGGUGACCGUGCAUCAUCGCUGCUGAAAAUUGAAUUUGAAACCAGCCCAGAGAAUAGCACUGCUGACCAGUCUCUGGUGGUCGAGUCCCAGCCUGUGGAGGUCAUUUAUGAUGCUAAAACCAUCAAUGCAGUGGUUGAAUUCUUUCAGUCGAAUAAGGGAUUAGAUCUUGAACAAAUAACAUCAGCUACAUUAAUGAAGCUGGAAGAAAUUAAAGAGAAGACUGCGACAGGGCUUACACAUAUGAUUGAAACUCGAAAAGUCCUUGAUUUAAGAAUAAAUUUAAAGCCUUCUUAUCUAAUAGUCCCAAAGACAGGUUUUCACCAGGACAAGUCUGAUCUUCUCAUUUUGAAUUUUGGUACAUUUCGGCUCAACAGUAAAGAUCAAGACUUGCAGAAUACUAGUAAUUCAUCUCUUGAAGAACUAAUGGAUAAGGCAUAUGAUAAGUUUGAUGUGGAAAUAAAAAGUGUGCAACUCCUCUUUGCAAGAGCAGAGGAAGACUGGAAAAAAUGCCGAUUUCAGCACCCAUCCACUAUGCAUAUAUUGCAGCCCAUGGAUAUUCAUGUCGAGCUGGCCAAGGCAAUGGUAGAGAAAGAUGCCAGAAUGGCCAGAUUCAAAGUCUCAGGAGGACUUCCUUUGAUGCAUGUGAGAAUUUCUGAUCAGAAGAUGAGAGAUGUGCUAUGUUUGAUUAACAGUAUUCCCUUGCCACAGAAAUCAUCCGAAAAGUCUCCAGAGAGGCAGGUUGCCACAAUUCCUGUUAUUUCCAGUAAGACAAAAGGCCUGCUGGGUGCUUCACUGUUGCUGGAUGGAAUAGAGUCGGAGUCUGAUGAUGAGUAUUUUGAUGCUGAGGACGGAGAGACUCACAUUGGUGGAAAAAACACAAAGGGGUCAGAGCUGAAGAAAGCCCCAGAGGCCCCUAGUGAGGAGCUUAUCAAUCUUCUGUUAAAGUUUGAAGUUAAAGAGGUGAUUUUAGAAUUUACUAAACAACAGAAAGAAGAAGAAACAAUUCUAGUAUUUAAUGUUGCUCAGUUAGGAACAGAGGCGACUGUGAGAACAUUUGAUUUAACGGCAGUAUCUUAUUUAAAGAAAAUCAGCUUGGAUUACCAUGAAAUUCAAGGAUCCAAAAAGAAGCCUCUUCACUUGAUUAGCUCUUCUGACAAACCUGGAUUAGAUUUAUUGAAAGUGGAGUAUAUUAAGGCUGAUAAGAAUGGACCUAGUUUUCAAACUACUUUUGAAAAAACUGAGCAAACACUUAAGGUGGCUUUUUCAUCUUUAAAUUUGUUACUGCAAACACAAGCUCUUCUCUCAUCAAUUAACUACCUGACAGCCAUUGUUCCAUCACAUGUUCAAGACGUAGAUGAUGCCAAGGAAGUGCAGAUUUCAGUUGGCAAGCAACCAAAAACUUCACCCCUGCAGAAAGUGAUUGUUUCCUCUAAAGAUAGUGACAUUAUUGACUUCAAGCUCUUUGCCAAGUUGAAUGCUUUCUGUGUCUUUGUUUGUGAUGAGAAGAACAAUAUUGCUGAAAUCAAGAUUCAAGGCCUUGAUUCCUCUCUUUCUCUUCAGUCAAAAAAACAAUCCCUUUUUGCCAGACUGGAGAAUAUUAUUGUCACAGAUGUUGAUCCUAAGACUGUUCAUAAAAAGGCGGUGUCAAUAAUGGGGAAUGAAGUGUUCCGAUUUCACCUGGAUUUGUAUCCGGAUGCCACCGAGGGGGCUUCCUACACGGACAUGUCCAAGGUGGACUGCAUGGUGUCCCUGCAAGUCGGCUGCAUCCAGAUCGUCUACGUCCAGAAAUUCCUCCACUCACUUCUGAACUUCCUGAACAACUUCCAGACGGCCAAAGCGGCGGUGGGCGCUGCCACCGCGCAGGCUGCUGAGCGAGCUGCCAGCAGUGUGCGAGGCCUGGCCCAGAGGAGCUUCCGCGCGGCCAUCGCCGUGGACCUCAAGGCGCCCGUUCUGGUCAUCCCGCGGUCAUCCGUCUCCACGGACGCAGUCGUGGUAGACCUUGGCCUGAUCCGGGUUAAGAACCACUUCCAGCUGGUGCCCGGGGAGGGCGAGGUGAACCCGCCGGUGAUUGACAGGAUGGACGUGCAGCUGACCGAACUCACUCUCUCCAGGACGGUAAUUCAGCCUGGUGUCUCCCAGCCUGACAUUCAGCUAUUACAGCCAAUUAACUUGGAGUUUUCUGUAAGUCGGAAUCUAGCUGCUUCAUGGUACCACAAAGUCCCUGUUGUGGAGAUUAAGGGACAUCUUGAGUCAAUGAAUGUUAUUCUAACUCAAGAAGAUCUUAAUCUUUUAUUUAAAAUAUUAGCAGAAAAUCUUGGUGAGGCUACUGAAGACACAAAUAAAGCAAAGCCAGGGUUCCAGAAGACAGGUCAAACUAAAGAGCUCCUCGAAAUAUCUGCAUUACAAGAUGUACAUGCUUCACAAGAUGCAUUAACAGGUGGAGUGGAAGAAGUUAAAUCUGUAGACAUCAUUAAUAUUCUUUUGAAUUUUGAAAUCAAAGUGGUCGUACUUACUCUGAUGAGGAAAGCAGAAGGCAAAGGAAGGCCUGUGCAUGAGCUAAAUGUCCUGCAACUUGGAGUGGAAGCUAGGGCUAAAGCCUCUGACCUGACAGCUCAGGCUUAUCUGAAAAAAGUUAGCAUGAAAUGCUUUGAGUUUACUGAUGCAAAAGGAGAACCUCUUCACAUUAUUAACUCUUCUAAUGUGACUGAUGAACCCCUUCUGAAAAUGUUGUUCACCAAGGCAGACAGUGACGGACCAGAGUUUAAAACUGUUCAUGAAAACACCAAACAGAGACUGAAGGUGUCAUUUUCAUCAUUAGACUUGGUACUUCACUUGGAAGCUUUGUUGUCAUUCAUGGACUUUGUGUCAUUUGCGGUCCCAUCCUCCGGGCCGGCUGAGAAGGAGCCUGACUUGAAGCAUGUUGUGGGGGAGUCCAGCAGUGCCCUUGUCCACACCGUAUCUAGCAGCUCAUCUCAAGAUGAUGUGUUUGAUUUAAAAAUCAUAGCUGAAUUAAAUUCAUUCAAUAUCUUUGUCUGUGAUCAGAAGUGUAAUAUUGCUGAUAUUAAAAUACAUGGCAUGGAUGCUUCAAUUUCGGUGAAGCCCAAGGAGACUGAUGUGUUUGCCAGACUUAAGGAUAUCAUAGUUAAAAAUGUUGACUUAGCGUCCAUUCACAAAAAGGCUGUCUCUAUUUUGGGAGAUGAAGUUUUUAGGUUCCAAAUGACCCUUUAUCCUCAAGCCACGGAAGGAAAGGCCUAUGCUGACAUGUCUAAAGUAGAUGGCAAGCUUAGUCUCAAAGUGGGUUGUAUUCAGAUUGUUUAUGUUCAUAAAUUCUUCAUGUCUCUUUUGAACUUCCUCAACAAUUUCCAAGCUGCCAAAGAAGCUCUGAGCUCGGCCACAGCGCAGGCUGCUGAGAGAGCCGCCUCCGGCAUGAGAGACUUGGCUCAGAAGAGCUUCCGUCUUUCCAUGGACGUUGACUUGAAGGCACCAGUGAUCAUUGUCCCUCAGUCCUCAGUGUCACCUAAUGCCAUUAUAGCAGAUCUGGGUUUGAUCAGAGUCGAGAACAAAUUUAGCUUAGUUCCUGUGGAACGUGAUUCUCUUCCACCAGUCAUUGACAAAAUGAACAUACAACUUACUCAGUUGAAGCUGUCCAGGACAAUAUUGCAGGCCACCUUGCCACAACACGACGUUGAGAUUUUGAAACCAGUCAACAUGCUUUUGUCUGUACAGCGAAACUUAGCAGCGGCGUGGUAUGUGCAGAUCCCAGGGAUGGAGAUAAAAGGGAAGCUACAACCUAUGCAAGUUGCUCUCAGUGAAGAUGACCUAACAGUUUUAAUGAAAAUUUUGCUGGAAAAUCUUGGAGAAGCAUCUUCACAGCCAAGCCCCACGCAACCCACCCACGAGGCUGGGAGAGUAAGAAAAGAUGUUCUGAGUAGAUCUGAUCACCUCAAAGAACAAGAUCUGGCAGACUCUUCACUCUCCAUGAUUCAGAGUGUUACUCUCCACUUUGACUUUCAUAUUGAAUCGCUUUCCGUUAUCCUCUAUAAUAAUGAUAGUCACCAGGAGUCCAAACUUGCGUUUCACAAUGAUAGUUUCCGAAUUGGUGAACUCAGACUACAUCUUCUGGCCUCCACUGGGAAAAUGUUUAAGGAUGGGUCAGUGAGUAUCAGCUUGAAACUGAAGACCUGCACCCUAGAUGAUCUCCGAGAAGGCAUUGAGAGAGUGACAUCAAGAAUGAUUGAUAAGAAGAAUGACCAAGAUAAUAAUAAUUCUAUGAUUGAUAUAAAUUACAAGCAGGACAAAAAUGGAAGUCAUAUUGAUGCUGUUCUUGACAAGCUGUAUGUAUGUGCGAGUGUGGAAUUUCUGAUGACCGUGGCAGAUUUCUUUAUCAAAGCUGUCCCUCAGAGUCCAGAAAACCCAACAAGGGAAGUUCAGAUUCCACUCCGACAGACUGCCACAGCAAAAAUCAAGACCGAAAAAGAUGACUCUGUCAGGCCAAAUAUGACUUUGAAGGCCAAGGUCACAGACCCAGAAGUGGUAUUUGUUGCCAAUUUGACAAAGGCUGAUGCACCUGCCCUCUCGGCUUCCUUCCAGUGCAACCUCUCCCUGUCAACAUCCAAACUCGAGCAGAUGAUGGAGGCCUCUGUGAGGGACCUUAAAGUGCUCGCCUGCCCUUUUCUCCGAGAAAAGAGGGGCAAAAGCGUUACAACAGUCUUACAGCCCUGCUCUUUAUUUAUGGAGAAAUGUGCCUGGACUUCAGGAAAACAAAAUAUAAAUAUUAAAAUUGAAGAAUUUAUAGUUAAGAUUUCACCCAUAAUUCUUAACACUGUGAUGACAAUUAUGGCUGCUAUGUCUCCAAAGACAAAAGAAGACGAAUCCAAAGAUACAUCCAAGGAAAUGGAAAAUCUCUGGGGAAUCAAAUCUAUUAAUGAUUAUAAUUCGUGGUUUCUUGGUGUUGAUAUGGCAACAGAAAUAACUGAAAACUUCAGGGACACGGAACAGAAAUUGAUCGAAGAAAAUUGUGCUUUUACUAUGGAAUCAGUUCAAGUAACCCUAGAGUGUGGCCUUGGACACCGAACUAUACCAUUGUUAUUGGCAGAGUCGAAGCUCUCGGGAACUGUUAAAAACUGGACUUCACUCAUGGCUGCUGCUGCACACAUGACACUGGAGGUCCAUUACUACAAUGAAGUCCAUGCUGUUUGGGAGCCACUGAUUGAAAGAGUGGCAGGGAAGAGACAGUGGAAUUUAACACUUAAUGUGAAAAAGAACCCAGUCCAGGACAAAGGUUUGAUGCCUGGAGAUGAUUUUAUUUAUCUUCCUGAGCCACAAACAGCCGUUCAUAUUUCUUCAGGAGAUACAAUGAAUAUAACAAUAUCCAAAAGUUGCCUUAAUGUCUUCAGCAAUUUAGCAAAAGGCUUCUCUGAGGGCACUGCCACAACCUUUGACUACUCUUUGAAGGACAAGGCCCCCUUCACUGUCCGAAAUGCUUUGGGCGUUCCCGUGAAGGUCCAGCCGAACCACAAUCUCAGGGUCAUGGGUUCUCUGGAGAAAUGUGAUCUUUAUGACAUGGAUGCUGGUCAGACCCUGGAGCUGGAGUAUGCCAGUCUAGAACCUUCCAGUCCAGGGAAGCGAUCCAUGCUGAGCCGCCAGGAAAGCACCUUCUUCACUCUGACCUUUGUGCCUCAUGGAUACACAGAAGUAGCAAAAGUCCCUGUUUCGAGACCUGGACGGCAGCUGUAUAAUGUACGAAACCCCAGUGCGACCCAUUCUGACUCAGUCUUGGUGCAGAUUGAUGCAACCGAAGGGAAUAAAGUGAUUACCUUGCGUUCUCCUCUGCAGAUUAAAAAUCAUUUCUCUAUUGCGUUUAAAAUUUAUAAAUAUGUAAAGACUGUUAAGCUCUUGGAGUGCAUUGGAGUUGCCAGACCUGAGGAAGAAUUUCAUGUUCCCUUAGAUUCUUAUAGGUGUCAGCUGUUCAUCCAGCCGGCUGCUGGCUUGGAGAAGCAGUACAAGGAGUCCACCACCUACAUUUCCUGGAGGGAGCAGUUGCACAGGAGCGAGGAGGUCAGGUGCAUGCUCCAGUGUCCAGCUGUGACCGUCAACUACUUACCUCUCAUCGUGAACACCGUCGCUCAGCCCGAUGAGCUCAGCUACAUCUGUACACACGGGGAGGAGUGGGACCCCGCCUACGUCAUCCAUCUCCACCCUCCCCUCACCCUGCGCAAUCUCCUCCCUUACUCACUCAGAUACUUACUGGAGGGAACAGCAGAAACUCAUGAGCUGGCAGAAGGCAGUGUGGCUGAUGUCCUGCAUUCACGCAUCAGUGGGGAAAUAAUGGAACUGGUUCUGAUGAAAUACCAGGGCAGGAACUGGAACGGCCAUUUCCGUGUUUGUGACUCACUGCCCGAAUUCUUCCUGGUGUGUUUUUCUUCUGAUUCCACCGAGGUGAUGACCUUGGACCUGUCUGUCCACGUCCGGCGGCUGGGCAGUCGUGUGGUUCUGUCUGUCUUCAGUCCCUACUGGCUGAUCAAUAAAACGUCCCGAGUUCUCCAGUACCGCUCAGAAGAUAUUCACGUGAAGCAUCCGGCUGAUUUCCGGGACAUUAUUUUAUUCUCUUUCAAGAAGAAGAACAUUUUCAGUAAAAACAAGGUACAACUAAAAAUUUCAACUAGUGCCUGGUCUAAUAGUUUCUCCUUGGACACAGUGGGAAGUUAUGGGUGUGUCAAAUGUCCUGCCAACAAUAUGGAAUUCCUGGUUGGUGUUAGUAUCAAAAUGAGCAGUUUCAAUCUUACUCGAGUGGUUACCCUGACUCCCUUUUGUACUAUUGCAAACAAAUCAUCUUUAGAACUCGAAGUUGGUGAAAUUGCACCUGAUGGCUCUAUACCAACAAAUAAGUGGAACUACAUUGCUUCUUCAGAGUGCCUUCCAUUUUGGCCGGAAAACUUGUCAGGCAAACUUUGUGUAAGAGUGGUGGGUUGUGAAGGAUCCUCCAGACCAUUUUUUUAUAACAGACAGGACAAUGGCACUUUAUUGAAUCUAGAAGAUCUGAAUGGGGGUAUAUUGGUGGAUGUAAACAUUGCUGAACAUUCAACUGUCAUAACCUUUUCUGACUACCAUGAGGGAUCGGCACCUGCUCUAAUCAUGAACCACACACCGUGGGACAUCCUCACCUACAAGCAGAGUGGGUCACGGGAAGAAAUGGUUUUGCUACCAAGACAAGCUCGACUUUUUGCCUGGGAAGAUCCAACUGGCACCAGAAAACUGUCAUGGAAAUAUGCGGAGAACAACGGGGAGCAUGACCUGCUGAAGGAUGAAUGUGGGCAGUUUCCAUAUGAUGCAAACAUCCAAGUACACUGGGUGUCCUUCCUCGACGGGCGCCAGAGAGUCCUGCUGUUCACGGACGAUGUUGCCUUGGUGUCCAAGGCCCUGCAGGCAGAAGAAAUGGAGCAGGCCGAUCAUGAACUCACCCUUUCCCUCCACAGCCUUGGGCUUUCACUAGUCAACAAUGAAAAUAAGCAGGAAGUUUCAUACAUUGGGAUAACCAGUUCUGGUGUUGUUUGGGAGAUGAAACCAAAACAGAAAUGGAAGCCUUUUAAUCAAAAGCAGAUAAUGUUGUUGGAACAAUCUUACAAGAAAUACCAAGCAUCAAGUGGCCAGGGCUGGAUUAAAUUAGACAGCAACUUUGAGGUCAAUUUUGAUAAAGUUCCGAUGGAAAUGCGCCUCCCAAUUCAGUGCCCUAUAAGGCGAGAUUAUUUAUCAGGAAUUCAGAUUGAAUUUAAGCAGUCUCCUCACCAGAGAAGUUUAAGGGCCAGGUUAUAUUGGCUUCAGGUUGACAAUCAGUUACCAGGUACAAUGUUCCCUGUCAUAUUCCAUCCUGUGGCCCCUCCGAAAUCAAUUGCUAUGGAUUCAGAGCCUAAGCCUUUUAUUGAUGUAAGCAUCAUCACAAGAUUCAAUGAGUACAGUAAAGUCCUACAAUUCAAAUAUUUUAUGGUUCUCAUUCAGGAAAUGGCCUUAAAAGUUGACCAGGCAUUUCUAGGAGCUAUUAUUGCAUUGUUUACCCCAACAACAGACCCUGAUGCUGAAAAAAAAAGGACGAAGUUAAUCCAGCAAGAUAUCGAUGCUCUAAACACAGAAUUAAUGGAGACAUCUAUGACUGACAUGUCAAUUCUUAGUUUCUUUGAACAUUUCCAUAUUUCUCCUGUCAAGUUGCAUUUGAGUCUUUCUUUGGGUUCUGGAGGUGAAGAGUCAGACAAAGAGAAAGAAGAAAUGAUUGCAAUUCAUUCCAUCAACUUGCUCUUGAAAAGUAUCGGCGCGACUCUUACAGAUGUGGACGACCUUAUAUUCAAACUUGCUUAUUAUGAAAUUCGCUAUCAGUUUUACAAUAGAGAUCAGCUUUUGUGGAGUGUUGUCAGACAUUACAGCGAACAGUUCUUGAAACAGAUGUAUGUCCUUGUGUUGGGCUUAGAUGUGCUCGGAAACCCAUUUGGAUUAAUCAGAGGUCUAUCUGAAGGUGUCGAAGCUUUGUUCUAUGAACCCUUCCAGGGUGCUGUUCAGGGCCCUGAAGAAUUUGCUGAGGGUUUAGUGAUUGGAGUAAGAAGUCUUUUUGGACACACUGUAGGGGGCGCCGCGGGAGUCGUGUCUCGCAUCACUGGCUCUGUUGGAAAAGGACUGGCGGCAAUUACAAUGGACAAGGAGUAUCAGCAGAAGAGAAGAGAAGAGAUGGGUCGGCAGCCUAAGGAUUUCGGAGACAGCCUGGCCAGAGGAGGGAAGGGUCUCCUGCGCGGGGUUGUUGGUGGAGUGACUGGAAUAAUAACAAAGCCAGUGGAAGGUGCCAAAAAGGAAGGAGCUGCAGGAUUCUUUAAAGGGAUUGGGAAGGGACUGGUGGGUGCAGUGGCACGGCCGACCGGCGGGAUCAUAGAUAUGGCCAGCAGCACCUUCCAGGGGAUUCAGAGGGCAGCAGAAUCCACUGAGGAAGUGUCCAGCCUCCGCCCGCCUCGCCUGAUCCAUGAGGAUGGCAUCAUUCGUCCCUACGACCGGCAGGAAUCUGAGGGCUAUGAUUUAUUUGAGCAAGAACUGGAAAUUCAGGAGUAAAUGUUUCCUAUACUACUUGGUUUCAUCCUUUAUAAUCAAAACAAACUGUGGUAUUAAUUGACUGUCCUUGAUUUAUUUAGAUUGAAAAUCCAUUUUGAUGAAGUUUUCUUUACAAUUCUUAUCCCUUCUUUAACUUUUUAUCUUAAAUGACUUGACUGUAAAGAAAAAUGGGGAUAUGCCUGGUAAUACUGUGUAGGAAUAAGAGAGAAAUAUGAAAUGUUAGAGACAUAGUAAAUCAGUUCUCUUCUCCAUUUAGUGAGUAAAAGACUAUUGAGUUCCUAAGCAGAUACUUUUAUUCUCAUUUUGAAGAAUGUUAUCUUUUCUUAAUUCAUGUGCAUUAUAGGUAAAUUUGGGACAAAAUGAUAAUUAUUGUUCUUUUCACUAUGUGCAUUCUACAAGUAUUGUAAUGUUUGCAAGUCCUGAUGAUGUAUAUAACUAUGUUUCACAAAUCACCCUCAGUUUACUUAUAUUAUAGAACUAUUAAUUGUACAUAUAUUCCAACAAUUGAAAUAUCAAUUUUAGUUAAGGGCAUCUACUUAGAGCUAAAGUAAGAGUUGGCUAAUGAGUUGUGAGCAUAUUUUCCUUUAAUCUAUUUUUCCUUUCUCUUUUUUUCAACUCUCAGUUGCUAGGUAAAUGGCAGUAAUUUUAUAACUAUGCCAAUAUAUGCCUCAGUCUUUAGUAUUAAUACUUUUAUUUUUUGUGAGGCAAGAUAGCUUUCUAUUGAAACUUAUUUAGCAAGGUGUGAGGGGAGAAAAAGGAGAAGUGUGUACUCAAGAGAGAACACGGGCUUCUCCAGAGGGGAAAAGCAAAGAUACAUAGAGACAAGUAAGGGAGAUUCUUUCUUGAAGAGAACACAGAUCUGAAGAGCAAGUCCAGUGUUAAUGCUUUUUAAAACUGGAAUCUUCUUGAUCAGAAAGCUAGUAACAGGGUAAAGGGCUUAUCUUUAGCACAGCCAGUCCUGAUUCAAUUUUUGGCACCUUCUAUUGUUCCUUGAGCACCUCCAAAAGUGAUACCUGAACCUAGGGCCCGGGGUAAACCCUGAACACUGCCAGGUAUGGCCCAAAAAUCAAACAAAAAUUGGAUCUCCUUGCAGGAUUUGUGGUAGUUGAAUCUACAGAUAUUUGAUUUUAAAAUUUUUUGUCUUUUAAAUUCUUAGAGAAUUUAUUAUUUUAAUAAGUACAAAAAUAAUUAUAAACUAUAAUUGAAAUUAGUAUUCCAUAACUAGCUUUCAUAAUUGUUUUGACCUUUGACAUAAAUGAUAGAAAUGUGUAAUUAGAUAUAACAGUAUCUUAGUAACUUUCUUGCUUCUUCUCCAAGCCAAAAUCAAAAUUUAAACUUAGAUUUAGUUAUUGUACAUUUCAGAGCAUGAAAUCAUUAAUGUACAGUUGCUCAGUUAGAUUGUGUGUUUCUUAAAACUAUAGAUAUCAGUAAAAGUUAAUUGAAUGCUUCGUGCUUUAAAACAAACAAAAGAACGACAUUCAAAGACCAACUUCAGUUUGUAGCUGACGAACUUUUCUUGUGCCUAGAUAAUUGAGGGUUGGCAAAAAAUGUCACCGCGUGUAGAGUUCCCUAUGGGAAUCAAGCACAAUAUCUAAUUCAAGAUGCUGUCUUAAAUCGUCACUAAUAAUUACCCUUCCUUCUUAGGUAAAAGCAACAGUUUUUUAAAAUUUUCCUGGAUAUAUUGCAAUUUUAGCGAGACAUUUGAGAAAGCAUUUUACUUGUAAAUUCUUUUUCUUUAUUCAUUGUUGACUUUAUUUUUUAACUCUGUAUGUUACUAACUUUUCCUUUGACUUCCUUUUCACAACUGCACAUCAGAAGCAAAGACUUACACUUUUUAUUAUUUUAGCUAAAUAUAAUCAUCUUGUCCUGAUUUAUUUUGUUAAGAGCAACUUUUUAAACUUAAAUAUUUUAUAUUAGUUACUGAAAAACUGAAGGUCUGUACUUUAACGAGAGGAUGUGGUGAAUUUUCUUUUCUUAAGUGACAAGGGUAUGCGCUGAAAAUUAAGAAGUUUAGAAUUUUUAUCUUUUAUUUAUCUUGCUGUAAUCAGUGCUGGAUAUGCGAAAUAAAUAAGGUCUUUGUCUUUAAGGGACUAAGCAUAUAUAGCAAAAUGUGUAAAUAUUCAGUGAAGAGUGCGAGAGCUUAAAUUUUGUCUUGCUAGAUUUUGAAAUGUGGAUAUACUUCAAAUAAUUUAUUUCUGAAUAUUUUUAUUUACUCCAUUUUAUUUUUCUCCUGAAUAUUGUUUUAUGUUUUGAAUACUUAGUUGUGGAAGUUGCUGAAUCAUAUACUAGAUUUUCAUAAGACAUACUUCUCUGAGAUCCUCUGUCCUCUUGGGAAAAUUAGGUUGCAUAUACAUUUAAAUAUAUUUAUACACAUACAUAGAAUAUGUAUUUAUACACACACAUAUAUAUUUUGACCGUUAUGUUUGACCGUUCCCUUUUCUUGCACGGUGAUGUUGCUUUUUCUCUCAUUUACUAACCAUAAUAAAUGCAUUAUACACAUUUCUUUUUUAUAUCUUGUAUUAUUUUGUUAGAGUUUACUUGGAAAAUUGAGCGUUUUUUGCUAAACACUAAAUUCUUUAAGUUGCAUUUUGGGAAGGGUAGUUGAAUAUUUUAUCAACUAAUUUACUUUGCUGCUGACAUCAGUGAAUGAAUAUCUUAAUCUAAGCCUCAGAACAGAGUGAAUAUUUAAGGAUUUUGUUAAUGUGAGAUAGUAAUAAUAUAUCUUUAAAGACUCCAGUUGUUUAAAGCACAAUAGCCUAAAGGCUAAUGAAGAUGCACACAAGUCGGAAAGUGGGUACUAUAUAUCAUACUUGUAUAUUGCAUCUCAAAACUAAAUGUUUUUAUGUAUUUAAAUUUCAAAGCUGAAAAUAAAGGUACUAAAUUUUAUGUAAAUUUCUCAUUUGGGGGCCGGAGAAAUGGUAUGGCACGUAAGGCGCCUGCCUUGCAGGUGGUCUCCUUGGAAUCUCGUUUGUCUCCCUGAGCUCUGCCAAGAGCAGUCCUUGAGCACGGAACCAGGAACAAGUGCUAAGCACAGUUAGAUGUGACCCAAAUGCAAACAAAUAAAAUUCCUAUUUUCUCUUAAAAAAAAAAAAUGAAGGCGUAAGG